UCGCUCGUUUCAAUUGUAUAUUUAUUUUCUUUUCUGGUAUAGAGGCGGUGGGCGGCUCUGGAGAAAGGAUCUCUGUACGGAGAAAAAAAAAAAAAAAGAAAGAGGUUGUAGCUGUGAUUCCAGACGCCACGUCAAGAUCAGAUGAUGCUGUCUAGGCUUAGAGUGCUGUCCAGGCCAUGUGCCUGUGCUUGCAGAGCUGUGCACACAAAAGAGAAAGGAAAACCCCUGAUGCUAAAUCCAAGAACAAACAAGGGAAUGGCAUUCUCUUUGAAAGAGAGGCAGCUGCUUGGCCUACAGGGGCUUCUUCCUCCCAAAAUAGAGUCCCAGGACAUUCAGACUAUGCGCUUCAAAAGGAAUUUAGAAAAAAUGGACGAUCCUUUAGAAAAGUAUAUCUAUGUCAUGGGGAUUCAAGAGAGAAAUGAGAAGCUGUUCUAUCGAGUUUUACAAGAGGAGAUUGAGAAACUGAUGCCAAUAGUCUACACACCUACUGUGGGUUUAGCUUGCUCACAGUAUGGACACAUCUUUAGACGACCCAAGGGUGUAUUCAUAUCCAUUCAUGACAGAGGUCACAUUCAGUCCAUUCUAGAUAACUGGCCAGAAACUAACGUAAAGGCAGUGGUAGUUACUGAUGGAGAGCGAAUCUUAGGAUUGGGAGAUUUGGGGGUCUAUGGAAUGGGCAUUCCAGUCGGCAAACUCUGCCUUUACACAGCGUGUGCUGGCAUCCGACCUGAAACGUGUCUUCCUGUGUGCAUUGAUGUUGGAACAGACAAUCCAACACUGCUAAAGGAUCCUUUCUAUAUGGGUCUUUAUCAGAAACGUGAUCGCUCCCAAAUGUAUGAUGAUCUCAUUGAUGAAUUCAUGGAAGCUGUAACAAACAAGUAUGGUCAGAACACCCUGAUUCAGUUUGAAGACUUUGGAAAUCAUAAUGCAUUUCGUUUCCUGAGAAAGUACAGGGAAAAAUACUGUACUUUCAAUGAUGAUAUUCAGGGAACGGCUUCUGUGGCUUUGGCAGGACUGCUGGCAGCACAAAAAGCAGUUGGAAAACCUAUUACCGAACACAGGGUUCUCUUCCUCGGUGCAGGGGAGGCGGCCCUUGGAAUAGCAAACCUCAUUGUUAUGUCCAUGAUGGAGAAUGGAAUUUCUCAGAUGGAGGCAAGGAAGAAAAUCUGGAUGUUUGACAAAUUUGGUUUAUUGGUUGAGGGUAGAAGUGAAGGUAUUGAUGUUAACCAAGAAGCUUUUGCCCAUGAAAGUCCAGGUCAGAAUGCAAAGACCUUUCUAGAUGCAGUGAAAAUGCUGAGGCCUACUGCCAUUAUUGGUGUGGCAGGUGCAGGCCGGUUAUUCAUUCAUGAGGUCAUUAAGGAAAUGAGUUCAAUCAAUGAGCACCCCAUCAUAUUUGCUCUGAGUAAUCCCACAGCCAAAGCAGAAUGUACAGCAGAGGACGCCUACACUCUGACGCAGGGUCGCUGUUUGUUUGCUAGUGGCAGUCCUUUUGAACCUGUUACUCUGAGCGAUGGCAGAGUUUUUAAGCCAGGACAAGGCAACAAUGCCUAUAUCUUCCCAGGUGUUGCUCUUGCUGUGAUUCUCAGUGGUGUCAGACACAUUAGUGAUAAAGUGUUUUUGGAAGCGGCUAAGGCUUUAGCCGAGCAACUUACAGAGGAAGAACUGCAGCAGGGCAGACUGUACCCACCACUGGCUAACAUACGAGAAGUUUCAAUUUCCAUUGCAGUGAAGGUUGUUGAAUAUGUCUACGCUCAUGGUGCUGCCUUCCACUAUCCUGAACCCCUGAAUAAGGACCAGUACAUCAGAUCAAAGAUUUGGAGCACAGAUUAUGAUUCAUUUUUACCAGACACUUAUAACUGGCCAGAAUCAGCAGCCAGACCACCUAAAAUAUGACGGUAUCAAAACAGCUAAAGAUUAGGAAAAUCAAAAGUUUUGUAUUCAUUUUGUGGAGUUUUUAUUUCCAUUUUUUCCAUAAAGUGUGUGUAGUAGUAAACAGUGAUAUAUACAGCAUAUAGUAAGGGAAGAGUAGGUGAGCUAUAAAGUAUAAACACUGCUCUCCUAAAAUGUUCACAUUAUACUAAAGUGGUUUUUAGUAAUGACUUUCAGUUAUAGCUUACAGAUCAGUACAAAAGAUAUUUAUAAAAAAAUUAAAUGUUGUUGCAUUGAAAUAUCUAAAAUAUGCCUUAUUAGACUGAAUGAGUAGUACAUUAUAAGUCCUGCAUGGCUGACAGACUCUGCAGAAAGUUUGGACUUAGAGGCUGCUGCUUUCUCACAUUUAAAUUUAAUGUGUUUGGACGAUGUAUGCUUCAUAAAGGCUUGCUGUAACUGAGAACCAUUACAUAUUUUAAAAUUUAAAUUUGCUUUGAAAUGUUUCAUUUUAGGAUUGAAUAUGUCAUUUGGUUUUAUGAAUGAAGUACAAUUUGGAUCCAAAAAUGAUCUGUAAUAUACCUCGUAAAAAUUAAAAUGAGUCCAUCCAGUUAGUAUGACAGGGAUGUUUUCUGAGAUGGAGUAGUAGUUUAAGUGGUUCUUGGGGUUUGAUCUUCAGACAACAUUAUUUGUCACUUGAUGAAAACCUUUAAUCAAUGUAAAUGUAAAAAAAAAUGUUUUAUUUAUUUGUUAACUGAUCAAAUAUAUAGCUUACAAGUUUGUUUUGUAAAGUUUAUGUUGACAUGGGAAGGAUCACAUGAAGUGUCUGCCUUUUUAAAAGACUUGUUUUGUCAAAAGGAAGAUUGUCAUAUUCACUGAUUUUCUGGAAUGGCAUAUUCUGACCAAGCAACAAGGCACUGUGAUAUAAGAAAUCGUUUUUUUACUUUGAUAACCCACAUUCAUUUAGAAAACUUAUAUUAUAUUGCUCAAUAGUAAAUCAGUAUUACAAAGCUCUCUAAAAAUAACUGUGCAAGUACACCCACUGUGUUUCUCAAGUCUUCAACAAUAUUUUUUCACUCAACCUAAGUAACUUUCUUGAAUGAAACCUGAUCGUUUGCUACUGAAAUUAAAAAGCUAUAGUUGUAGAUACAUUACAUAACCAAAGGUUUGCAGUCGCCUGAGCUUAGUGAACAUCCCAUUCCAAUACCCAUGGUAAUUACUAUGGAGGUGCCCCCUCUUUGCAGCUAUAACAGCCUCCAAUCUUCUGAGAAGGCUUUCCACAAGAUAUUGAAGUGUAUCUGUGGGAAUUUUUGCCCACUCAGCCCAAAGAGCAUUUGUGAGGUCAGGUGCUGUUGUUGGACAAGAAGACCUUGCUUGCAGUUGGCAUUCCAGUUCAUCCCAAAAGUGUUCAGUUGGGUUGAAGUCUGAGCUCUGUGCCUCCCACUUGAUUUCCUCUACAUCAGAAUCGUUAAACUAUGUCUUUAUGCACCUGGGUUUGUACACAGGGGCAUAGUCAUGCUGGAACAGAAGUCGACUUUCCCCCAACUGCUGCCACAAAGUUGGAAGCACACAAUUGUCUAAACUGCCUUUGUGUUCUGUAGCUUUAACAUUAUCCUUCACUGAUGCCAGAGGUCCUAUCCCAAACCCUCAAAACAGCCCCAUGCCUUUAUCCAUCCUCCACCAAACUUUACAGAUAGUCCAGAAGGUAGAGGUCUCCUAGCAUCCACCAAACCCAGCUUUGUCCAUCAGAGCACCAACUAGUGAAGUGGGAUUCAUCACUCCAGAGAAUACGUUUCCACUGCUCUAGAGUCAAAUGGUGAAGUGCUGUACACCACUCACUCCAGCCAAUGCUUAGCAUUGUGCAUAGUGAUCUGAGGCUUACAUGCUGCUGCUUGUCCUUGGAAACGCAUUUCACAGUGCCUGAUGUAAAGCUGUUGUCUCCCAGUGGCAGUUUGAAACUUUGUUGUGAGCAGUGCGACAGAUGAUAUGUGUUUUUUUUACACACGAUGCGCUUCAACACUCGGCGGCUGUGUUGUCUACCAAUUCAUGGCUGAGCUAUUGUUGUUCUGAGAUGCUUCCACUUCACAGCAAUAGCACUUAUAGCUCACUGGGGCAGAUCUAGCAGAGCAGAAAUUUCACAUACUGUGACUUGUGGCAAAGGUGGUAUCCUACGACAUUGCCACGUUUACUCAUUCCUUCAGCGCGACCCAUUCUACCUCCAGUGUUUAGCAAUGGAGAUUGCAUGGCUUUUUGCUUGUUCUUAAUGCUCCUGUUAAUAAUGGGAGUAGCUGAAACGUGAUCUCAGUAAUUUGGUGGGGUGCCCAUAUACUUUUGGGGAUAUAGUAAAUCUUAGCUGGUCCACCAUUAAUAUUAAUCGAAAUAGGCCUAGACCCAACGUGGUCUUCUAAUGUAGAAAGCUGCAAGCAAAACCGAUAAAUUAAGUGUUAAUGUCAAGUCUAAAAAACCUACAAAGCAUCACUGUAAAUCUGUUCAUCUGUGUUUAGCUGACAAUGUUACAAAAAGAGACAUUCAAAUCACAAUUUCCAAGUACUACACUGACAAUGUUACCAAAAGAGACAUUCAAAUCACAAUUUCCAAGUACUAUUAUUAACACUUCCUCUUUUUUCCUUACAGCUACAGAGCUGGCGGGUUAAAGGAUUUGCGCAGUCAGUCAGUAGUGGGGAGUCAGCCAGCAACUUUAAGGCUGCCAGCCAAGGCCUUCAACAUUAGAUUGCUUAUUAUGACUGCUGCAAAAUUGCUGUUUUAGCAAUACUUCAUUAAUAGGCACACUGAGUGCUUCUUCUUCUAUAAAGUUCCUUGCAGAAGAAUUUGCUACAUCCUCAGGAAAACCUUUCCUCCCAUCCUUUCACCUCCCUCCUUACUACGUCUUGAAUGCUACUGUUCAUUAUGGACAUUGUAGAAAAGGGAGCAGCAUAAAACAACACAAUGAAUUGUUGGGACAGGUAAGCCAAGUACUGUACAGCAGCUUGACAAAUAAUAAUGAAAUCAUUACAAAGAAUAGAUUAGAAAACUGACAGACGGAUGGAUAGAUAACUGACAAGAUACAAACCCUCUAGCACCAAGCUGGGGAACCCUUAAUUCCAGUGAGAAAGAUUUUACUAUUUAGUUGGAACAUUAGAACAAUCUAGACAAGAACAGGCCAUUCAGCUUACCAGAACACUUAACUCUUCUAAAAAAACAUCAUGUCUAGUUUUGAAAGUCCCUAAAGUCCUAUUGUCUACCACACUACUUAUUAUUUUAUGUCUGUGGUUCCCUGUGUAAAGAAAGGUUCCUAAUGUUUGUGUGAAAUUUACCCUUAAAAGGUUUCCAACUGUGUCCCUGUGUUGCUAAUGAACUCAUUUUAAAAUAACAGUCUCAAUCCACUGGCCUCAUUCCCUUCAUGAUGUUAAACACUUCAAUCAGGUCUCCUCUUAAUCUUUUCCUUUAACUGUUUAGGCUCAGCUCCUAAUCUUUCCUCAGAACUUAUCCCCUGUAGCCAUGGAAUCAGCCUAGUCGCUCUUCCCUGAAGUGUUUUGAAAGCUGUAAGUAACGGUAUUGUGACUGUUUAAAGUGUCUAGACUGACCGUGCUUUGGAUCUGAUCUGUUCCAACAUCACAGGACGUUCCAUUGAAGCAUAUUGAGAACCGGCUUACGUUUAGAUUGACUAUGUAAUGUUCUUUAACUUCUACCUGCCCACAAGAGGUGCAGCUUACUUUGGACCACUUCUACUGGUGUAAUUACGCUGUUAAGGCAUCUUGUUGAAUUUUAUGAACAGUCAAUGCUUGCAAGGUUAGCAGUCAUUUGUGUGAUAACUGAUUUUUACAUUUGGAAAGGAGAACGGUGUUGUGGGCUCUCUUUGUUUUUUUAUCUAAAUGAACCAUGCUGUUUAGGUUGUGUCCGUGAAACAGUAUUUUAAUUUAUCUUUGGAGACUGAAACUGGGAAAUGAUGCAGAGAGCUUAGUAAAUACUUACUCAAGGUUUUACUGGUAAAAUUUUGUGAGCAGUAAGAAAGAUGAAUCUUUAAACUUCACCUCCUUGAAACUCCUAACUGUGAAAGACUUGAGCUUGGUAAGUCUAAAGGACACAAAGUGCCUGAUAAGAACGUUCUCCUUGACAGUGUACUGUGAAAUCACGUUUAAUAAUGAAAAUUUUAUAUUUGCAGUUGUUUCAUUAAUGUUUUUUUUUCCAAAACUAUUAAUUUUAAAUGCUUACAAACAGAAGAUCUGAAUUCCAGUAUUUCUCAAGGGUAUUACAGUACAGAAAAUGUGUUAUUGGCAAGGGUGAUAUUCAUCUGUUGGAGUGGAUGUUUGCAGGUUUAUUUUUAUAGCAAUUACAACAUUCAUUUACAACAGACUUAUAUGUUGUUGGCCAAGUUCUUUUAAGCAUAUUUGUUGUUAGAAAUUUAAUAAAGUUUUAUUUUUCUU